AUGUCGUUCGCGCGGUGCGAUCCUGCGGCGACGGAAGCGGACGACAUGGACUCGUUCAACUACGUUGGCUGGAUCAACGAGCAGUGCCGCAGCGUGCGCUUCGUCACGGAGGCCGACGUCGGGCCCCCGCACGCGCCGCGCUGGAGCUGCACGCUCACGGUUGAGCACGGCGGCAAGGUGAUCGAGAAGGAGGUGAAGGCCGUUCUCGGCUCGAAGGUGCAGGCGCGGAAAGCCGCGGCGAGGGGGGGGCUCGUCGCUGAGGAAAUCGCCGGCUCCAUGUCCAGUGAGCCGGCUUUCAACGCCGGCCCUCCGUCUCUGCGCCAACACCUCCCCCUGACAGGCAGAGAGCAGCUAGAGCUGCGGGAGCUCAACACCGAGCUGGUGCGCGUGCUGGUCGACGCGGACAACGUCAGCUGGGUCUCCGCGGCCUUCUGCGCGCAGUUCCCCUUCGCGCGCUUCGUCCAGUUCUGCGCCAAGCACUCCAACUUGAAGCAUGCCAAGCUGGCGACGCGCCAGUGUGCCAACGUGUGGUCGGUUCAGGCCGCGACGGACGGCGCGGACAUCGUGGACGUGCUCAUGCUGACCGAGGCCGAGCGGCUGGCGCAGACGCGCGGGCCCGAGCGCACGGCGUGCGCAGCGAACCUGCAGCAGGUUGUGCUCGUGUCGAAAGACAAGCUGCUCAGGACGCUCUCGCGGAUUCGGCCGGACUUCGUCGUGACCUGCGACACCAAGGAGGAGCUGAAGCGCAUCCUCGACGGGCACGGCGCGGCCUUGACGUGA